AUGCCGGGACAGGACCUGCAACUCUGUUCCGGCAGAGUCCUUGGUGGGCAGGGUGGGGCAGAUGUGGUGGCCUCCCCUUCCUCAGAGGAGGCGGGUGGAGACUCGGGGGAGGAGCAGGGCUCACUGGGUCCUGUUCCGUGUGUCGCAGCCAUGAGUUCAGUGGGGGUGAGGCUGCGGGGGCGACGGUGUGGUCCAGUUGCCCAGGCCGCACCCGGGUGCGGGGCGGUGGACCACGCAGGUGAGGAGGGGGUAGCGUCUUGUCAGUGCUGCUGCUGGCGCGGAGCCAAGAGGAGCUCAGGGCUUCAGGACAGGUGGCUGGCAGUGGCGGGCGCUGGCUAUGUGCCCAGCCUCCGCCCUAGGCGCGGGACCAGCCGUGGGACGGACGGGCUCCCGGGACGCCUGGGCAGCUGGCCUCCUACCGUUGCCCCCAUGCGGAGCCCCUCCUUUCUCUCGCGGCGGCUGCCGCCGCUGUUCCUACUGCUGCUGUCGCCGUGGCCAGUCUGGAUCCAGGCGCCCCCCGCAGCCGCCCCCUCGGCAACCCCCGCCUCAGCAACCGCGGGCGCCCCGGACUGCCCCGAGGCGUGCGCGUGCGCGCCAGAGGGCCAGGCCAACUGCUCCGGGCGCGCGCUGCCCGCCGUGCCAGGGGGCCUGAGCCAGCGCGUGCGCGCGCUGCUGCUGGACCACAACCGCGUGCGUGCGCUGCCGCCCGGCGCCUUCGUGGGCGCUGGGGCGCUGCUACGCCUGGACCUGCGCGAGAACGGACUGCGCUGGGUGCACGCGCGGGCCUUCUGGGGCCUGGACGCGCUGAAGCUGCUCGACCUCAGCGCCAACCAGCUGGAGGCGCUGGUGCCCGGCACCUUCGCUCCACUGCGCGCGCUUUGCGUCCUCUCGCUGGCCGGCAACCGGCUGGCGCGUCUAGAGCCCGCGGUGCUGGGCCCGCUCCCGCUGCUGCGCACGCUCAGCCUGCAGGACAACGAGCUGCCCGCCCUCGCGCCCGCGCUCCUGGCGGGCCUGCCCGCUCUCAACACGCUGCGGCUGCGCGGCAACCCCUGGGCCUGCGGCUGCGCGCUGCGCCCACUCUGCACCUGGCUGCGCAGGCACCCGCUGCCCGCGCCAGAGGCCGAGACGCUGAUCUGCGUGUCGCCGGGGCGCCUGACGCUCAGCCCCUUGACCGCCUUCCCCGACGCCGCCUUCAGCCACUGCGCGCGGCCCCUUGCCGCGCGGGAACUGUUCGUGGUCUACGCGCUCGGGCCCGUCUCCUUCCUCGCUAGCCUGGCCGCCUGCCUGGCGCUGGGCUCCGUGCUCACCGCCUGCCGCACGCGCCGCCGCCGCGCCGCCGCCCGCCGCCCGCCGAGGAGUCUGCCGGAUCCCGGUGCCGGCAUGGCCUCGCCUGCGGCAGUCGCCGCCGCCCAAGCCUGAGCGGGCCGCGGCCGCCCUCGAACCUUCCCCCUAUCCCCUGCCCUCCUUCACACUCCCUGCAGGCGUCAACAAGCGACACAGAUCGAA